GCAAAUAAAAUUGCGCUCGUUUUGGGCUCAGGCAAAAGAAAUAGUAAGAAUAAAGUCGCAGUGGACAACUAGAUGUUAUAUAUAAAAAUGUAUAUCGGCCUGAUAUUUAGAAUUCACCUGCAGGUUGUAUGGAUCACCCUGACCCUUUGAGGCCUCGAGUAAAUUAAUUUUUAUUUAUGAACACUCGUGGUAUCCCCGAGGGGUAAUGACAGGGUGUACGCAUGCGCCGUUUAACUAAACCCACUGACAGACCCCGGAGUUAUUCUUCUGUAAACUAACGUCCACUUUUAUUUGAUAUAUAUUUACAAGUUUUAUUUUAAGCAAAUUUUAACAUAUAUUUGGUUAAUAAAAGAUAUGAAUGAGGACCACGUCGUUUACACUCGAGGUUUUGGUCCUACUUUUUCUCAACCUGAUCCCUUGGCCGGGACCAUCCGUCUUCAAAAUCACAUGUUCUCGUGACAAUUCCAAAAUCGUAAGAAAAGUUAUAGAAAACAAGUGGUUACCGGUGUUGGAAAGGUUUCAGGUAAAACUGCCGUUGGAAUGUCCAUUUCAUCCGGCUCGAGAUAUCUUUGCACCACAGCACGCCGCCAAGCAGCAACAUCGCUCUUCGCAAUGGACAUGCGCCUUCUGCGGCAAGUCUUUCUACGAGGAGAGACAUCUCGACACUCACUUCGAUCAGCGACACCGGCACCAGAUUAAUAAGGCGGAAGACGCAGUAUGUCUUGCGGACUACUGCGAUAUAAUGCGCUGCCAGGUUUUGGUUGCGCAUGGUCUGCUGAGCCGGGGCAGCGGACCCGUCACUGAAGUUGAGCUGUGGCAGGACGCUGAGGUCGCCAAGAAAGCCCUAGCCCCGGCCGCCUCGAGGAGCGUUGCAAGAGUUACCAACAGAAGAAGACAACGCACUCGUCCUCCCACUACUGUUGCCGACUGCCCUAAAUCGGAUCAUGAUAGCGAGACAGGUAAUAAAAAAAGAGAAGAGAAUGAAGGAGAUACGAAUCAAACAGCAGAAUUAUGUGACGCUGACACGGUAGAGUCUUCGCUGCCGCCAGAUAGUCGUCAGAAGAGGUUGGCAGAUUUACAGGCAGAAAGAGCUGCCUGUGAUCCAACGCACUUGCAAGGGCUUAAGGUCCGCUGUGAAAGGGUCGUGCAUUCCUGCAUAGCAACAUUAUUGUUGCAUCUAACGCAGCAUCAGUUUUCAGAACUUGAAGAGGAGAUGCAGCGUGCGGUAUGUUGGUACUUAAGCUGCGACCGCUACUGGGAGGACACCGCGCCGGCUGCGCGUGCCUUCCCCUGGCCCCUCCUCCUAGCGCUGGCCACAGGUCUAGCACUCGCACUCUGCAUGUGCUACUACAUCAUAUGGAUCGUCUUUGAUUCGGAAGAAGGUAGUAUAGCUGGUAGUGGUUCGGUGUCGAUGACGACUCACUCGUCGCCAGCGCGCGGUGCUGAUGACAGCUUGUUGGAUGAAGAUCACGAUCACGAUCACGACGACCACUACAUAUAUGUGACUUACCCGCCGGAACUGAAGCGUCGACUGCUCGAGAGCUGCUACAAUAGAACAACCCGACUUUGAGGCACUUUCGUCAUCCCAUCGUGCAUGUCUCCUAGACUUAUCUUAGAAGUCAUGACAGUCUGAUGUAGCCAAUGUACUAACUAUCCGACAAUAUUCUGUACCUUAUAAUGAAUAUCCAAAUGAUAUAUAAUAAUGAAUUUAUCUUUGAUGUAAAGUUAUUUAAAGAAAUUAAUGUUAAUUUAAAUCUAAAACUGAAUCGAAUUAAAACGUCCUUCUGUAGCAAUAGUAUCUUGUAGAUGUAAUGUAAACACUAAAUGACUUAAUAAAAAUGACACCGUGAUAUAAGGUACAGAGUGAUUGAUUUUAAAUUCACAAUAUAAAGCACUUAUAAUUUUUAUAGAUUACCAACAUGAUAAUAGUUUUAAGACUUUAAAGUUAUUUUUAAUUUAGAUAAACUUUAAAUACAUAGAAGUAGUUCGCUUAAAACAUUGGUGCCUAUUUUUUAUAUUUACAAAUAAGUCAUUUGAUCUUAAAUUGUUAAUAUAAGCUUACCAGUACACGAACAGUUUCCGGUGUGCUAUGUUUGAAAAAUAACUUGGUAGAUAUAAAACCUUAUUAUUUUUUGUGAAUGUCAAAUGUCUCAUAAAUAAUCUUAGUAUGCUCUAUUUUUUUUUUGCAAAAUAUUAUUAAUUUUAAUAGUGACGAAUUGUUGUUAUAAUGUGUCGUUUAAUUGUUGUAUUCAUAGUUUUAUUAAAAAUUUAAAAUAUAUGAAGUUUAGGUGGUAUUAAAGGAUUUAUUUAUCAUUGCAAAAAAGUAGGUUACAAACUAAAAGCAUGACGACCUCAGAGUUAAACGGUAUACGUUUAGUGAAAUAUUUUAAUUACGAGAGAAUUUUGUUAUAGUGAACAUAUAAUCAGUCUUCUGAGAUAUUAUUUGCUAGUGUUUUAGUGAAUCACGUGAUUAAAUAUUUUUUGUCGACGUCGCACAAAUUAUAAAUCAUCAUUUAAUUCUAAGGCAGUAUUGUUAGUGUAUUUUUAUUUAGAAAAAUAUUUUGAUCGUCUGUCGGUGCUUAUUGUUGCCGUUGACAUUUUGCGAGAUAGUCUGUGUAGUUUGCAUAUAAAUCAUUAAUAAAUGGGACCCGAAUUGUUUAACAUUUAGUUAUUCCGUGUGAGCUUGAGGCAUCUGCUGAAUAGGAGGUUUCCGAAAUUGCUUCAAUGAGACUGAAGUAAGUCGAGAUUAGAUCGAGUAAUUUAGAAGUACUGUCGUCUUUUAUGAGAAAUCUUAUAUAAUGAUUUUCAUGUAAUGUAAUAUAUAUUACUUUCUCUUCAACUAGCGUUUUCGUUAUAGAAUAAUAUGCUCCCGCCAUUAUUAUUUUCCAAGCGACAGUGCUCUCUAGAACGCCGUACACUAGGUACAUUAUUGUAUAGAGUUAAUUCUUUAUCUUCACCAACAAAUGUAUUUCACGCGCACUGUUGACUUUUGUUUAUAAUGUAUUAUAAGGAUGUUUGUUAAAUAAAGCUCUCUAAAACGUU